AUGCAUCCUAACGACAUUACUCUACUCACAGCCGCUGUGCGGUUACUGGAAGACGGGUUCAUACCCAAAGCCUUCGAAGAGGGGGGUAUCAUUGUGAACCCUAAAAAGGAAAAGGCCGGCAAAUUCGGGACGUUUACUGACAUAAGCAGUCAUUGUGAGGAACGGUCACCGCCCCCCACUAUGGUAGUGCAAGAGCUGAUUUCACGGCUAAUUUUGGAGACCAAUCCCGGUCCUGAUUCUGGUGGUUCUUCACCCGGUUCUGAAAAUAACACCUCUGAUGGUGUGGCCAGCCCAGACCCAGACCCAAGCACAAGCCUGGCAGGAGACGAGGUCACUGGCACGAACGAAGUUACACUCACGGAGGAAGCCACGAGUAGCCUUAAGCGCAUGUUUGACAGGUACUCACAGGCGAAGGUUUAUAUGUCCCCCGAGGAUGUAGGGGAAUGGUUAGUUACUAUCAACGGCGUGGUCGGUCGAGGGAGUGAGUUCAGGGCCGCAGUGGCCUGUAUGUCUGGCGGUGGGCGCAGUGGGGAUGGGUCUAACACGAGUGCUAAUCUGUAUGAGAGCAACGACCCUGGUUUAAAAAUAGAUACGGUGGAGGAGGGGAGUAUGAGUGGUGGGGUAGACGGUGAGGGGAGUGCGGUAGCGGACUUGGGCACGCCCGCUCCCGCGGCGUUGCCUAGCAACGGCAGAUUGGCGUGGGAGGAUUUUGAAGGAAUUUACAAGGAUGAGAUCAAAGCAGGUAAGUUCUGGGGAGUGCAACACGACCUUAACGCGUGUGGGUGUCCGUUGCAAGACAGUCCGCAGAGAGAAGGGGAAGUGUUCUCGGGUAGAUAUGAUCGAAUAUACAUAGGUGGUGGCUUACAACCACCAGACAUACUGGCUGUGAGAGAUAGUGUGUGUGACCGGGCCUGUCCCAAUGACGAGCAAGGCAGCGAUCACCUGCCUGUCGGUGUGGUGGUUCGGAUAUAUUAGCACCUCUGUGUGGUAUGGAUAAAUAAAGUUCGGAACUAUUCACA